CUAAUGACACAAAGCAACUGCACCCAAGUGACCAAGUUCAGCUUAAUGGGGUUCACAGAGGACCCGGUGACUCAGGUCAUCCUCUUCCUGAUAUUUCUGCUCACCUACCUCAUCACUGUCCUGGGGAACCUUGGGAUGAUGGUGUUAAUCAGGGCCAGCCCUCAGCUCCACUCCCCCAUGUAUUAUUUCCUGGGCAACCUGGCUUUUGUAGACCUCUGUUCUUCCACCGUCAUCACCCCCAAGAUGUUAGUUGACUUCAUAUCAGAGAAGAAGGUCAUUGCUUAUGCUGGGUGUAUGGCUCAGGUAUUCAUUUUUGAUCUUUUUGGGAUAACCGAGUGCUUCCUGCUGGCUGCAAUGGCGUAUGACCGUUACGUGGCCAUUUGCCAUCCCCUGGUGUAUCCCCUUGUCAUGUCCCCAGAAUGCUGUUUCCAGCUGGUGACUGGGUCAUAUCUCAUGGGGCUGAUAAAUGGCACGGGGCAGACUAUCGGCAUGUCCAGGUUAUCCUUCUGCAGCUCCAGUGUCAUUGACCUGUUCUUCUGUGACAUUUCCGCUCUGAUAUCACUCUCAACUACAGACAUCACCCUCAGCCACGCUAUCCUAAGAACUUCAGCAUCUUUAUUUGGUGCAUCCAGCAUCCUGGUUAUCCUGGUCUCCUACAUGGCCGUCAUCUCCACCAUCCUGAGCAUCAGUUCAGCCAAGGGCAAGCACAAAGCCUUCUCUACCUGCAGCUCCCACCUCGUCACUGUGAGCAUCUUCUAUGGGACAUCAUUUUUUAUGUACUUAAAGCCCAGCUCAGACAGCUCAAGAGGAGGAGAUAAAUGGGCUGUGGUCCUCUACACCGUGGUGACUCCCAUGCUGAACCCGUUCAUCUACAGCCUGAGGAAUAAGGACGUGAAGGAGGCUUUGAGGAGACUUGCAAAAAUAAAAUGA